AUUUGUAUUUCUUUAAGUAGAGCUGCAGAGUUCAUGAAAAAAUAAAUCUUGUCAUAGACAAACCUGAUUUGAUUUGGAUGGACUUUAUCUCUGCUGCUGAUUGGACAUAAAUAAAACAAAGAAACUGUUUAUUUUCAGUGGGGCAGUUGGACAUGUUUCAGACUGGAACCUGUCAAACAUUUCAUUGAAAAUAUGUCAUUUGAACCAGUCAAAAAUGCUCAGAGUUGCUUUAGUCUGUACGACUGAUGUUGUGUUUGUUGUCCUCUCAGUCCCCCAGGAGGAGGUGGUUUCAGGGGUGGAGUCUGUCAAGCUGCCCUGCAAAACUACCAUAAACCUGCCUGAAGUUGCUAAAGUAGAGUGGAAGACCAGAUUCAACAGGAAGGUCCACGUGUACGAGAACAGAUCUGACCAGCUUCAAGAUCAGGACCAGCGUUACAGAGACCGAACAAAGAUAAAUGAAGACCCGCUGAGAACUGGAAACUUCAGUCUGACCCUGAAGUACCCCACAGACUGGGACACAGACACCUACACCUGCACCGCCUACAGCAGGGAGGGAAACAUCCUGAUGAAGAAACAAGUGGAGCUGAAAGUCAAAGUCCCCCAGGUGGAGGUGGAUUCAGGGGAGGCAUCUGUCCUGCUGCCCUGCAAAACUACUAUAAACCUGCCUAAAGAUGCUAAAGUGAAGUGGAUGACCAGAUUCAACAGGAAGGUCCACGUGUAUGAGAACGGAUCUGACCAGCUUGAAGAUCAGGACAACCAUUACAGAGACCGAACACAGAUGAAUAAAGACCUGCUGAAAACUAGAGACCUCAGUCUGACCCUGAAAGACCCCACAGACUGGGACACAGACAUCUACACCUGCACCGUCUGCAACAGGGAGGGGAAAAAAAUCCUGAUGAAACAAGUGGAGCUAAAAGUCAGAGUCUGUCAGGUGGAGGUGGAGGAGGGGGCGGAGUCUGUAGAGCUACCUUUCAAAACCACAAAAGAGCUGCCUGCAGAUGCUAAGGUGGUGUGGUGGAACAAUGAUGACAGGAAGGUCCACGUGUACAAGAACGGCUCUGAUCAGCCUGGAGAACAGCACCAGGUUUACAGAGACCGAACAAAGAUGAAGAGAAGAUCUCUGCUGAAGCCUGGAGACCUCAGUCUGACCCUGAAACAGCCCACAGAGAGAGACAGUGGGAGGUACAGCUGUAGAGUCUACGGGGAGAUCAAGAGAUACAAAAGAGUGCUGCUCAGAGUCAAAGGGAGAGUUCAGGUCCAGGAUCAAACAGGGGACAUCAGGAACAGAAGCAGCUCCAUUGAUCCGACUCCUCUGAUGGCUGAUCAAUCAGUUUGAUCUGUGUGUUCUUUGAUUAUUGAUCAGUGAUGUCAGAGUGGAGUCAGUGUGAUGUUGUUGUUGUGUGUUUGAGACUUUUAGUGUCCAUGAAGGUCUCUGCUGCCGUAGAUCCUCUGAACUGUGACAGAGGUCUCACUCUGGAGGAAACUCUCAGCACUUUCCAGCAGCUCCUCCAUCAUGGAGGACGUUCCCUCACUGUAACAGGUGGAGGAGAGAGGAGAGGAAGCACAGGUGGAUCCUCUGAGGAAGACAUUAUUGUUAUUACAUGAGCGGAAACACAAACAUACCAUCAUAGUAAAAAUCCAUCUCCAUGUGUACGAUCUUUGAGGCUCAAAUCAGUCCAGUCAGAUCCCGUUUUAUCUAGGAUGUCCCGUAAAAUGAGCAACAUAGGUUUCUGCAGUACUCUACCUUAAAUGUCCCAUAUAAUUACCGUUACCUGGAAUGUCAUUUUCUGACUAACAGCUGGCACUCUAGCAAAUACCAAAACUGAUUUGACUGCAGUUACAUCAGAGGAGUACUUGUGUGUAGUCACAUCUGUCAGUGAUGCCCGUCACACACACCAGGUGUGAGGAGUAAUACACGAUUCUUAAAAAUAAGGUGUUGUUUGGUCUGCGUAACAUAAUAUACUGGGUAACUGAGACCUGUACUUACAAUAUUUUCUUUGACUAUUUUUCUUUUUUGCUUAUUUUUCAAGGUAAUGCACAUGUGAUUUCUGUCAUCAUUUACUGUAUUUUCUUUAUUGAUUUAGAUGAGCUAUUGAUUGAACUGAAUACCAACAUUUUACUGCAUUUUGACUUUAAGAAUAUAAUCAUACAGUUCAGCUGGCUGUGCAUUGUGCUUGUGCCACACCAGUGUCCCUUAUUUGAUAGUUACAAAGUUGGUGACCCUACCUCUACCAGUGUGAUUGUUUAUAUAAGACCUGCCCCGGCACUAUAAAUGCAAGCAAUUUAAUUAUAAUUAUAAUCAGGGAGGUGUACUUAUCUUAUUUUUAUAAUAAUGCCCAUUAAUGUCCCUGUUCAGUCAAG